AUUAGCUUUGAAAAUGUAUUUUUCUGGAACAUUGUUUGCAAUUGUGUGCGCUUUUUCAUUUGUAAGAAGCGGAUCUCUCCGACCACGUAUAAUAAAUGGUACUGAAGCAGAUCAAGAUUAUCCUUGGGUAGCAAGAAUAUUGACGAAUACUGAAGAGACACCAGAUGGUCAACAGUCCCUGGAGACAGACUGUGGAGGCACUUUAAUUGCAUCUCAAUGGGUUUUAACAGCAAAACAUUGUUUACUAAACGAAGAUCUGUCAGUAAUUGGUAAUCCUGAGAAAUAUCAAGUGAUUGUCGGUAACAAUUAUUGGCCAGGUGGCCAAUUUAUACCAGUCACAGACCACUAUUUCUAUUCGGAUCAAAGUUACAUUGACGAUGACAUUGCUAUGUUGAAAUUAGAACAUGCCCCUAAAGACAUUGAUCCAAUACCUACACAAUUCGACUCACUUGACCCAUCAACAUAUGACGGAAAAAAGGCUCAUAUUUUGGGAUGGGGUUUAACUGACCCAACUAAAGACGAAACAAUCACACAAUUGAGAGAAACGUAUGUGAAACUGUACACUGAAGGUUGUGAGGAAAACGUAUUAUGCUUCAAUCCAAAGGACACCAAUACGAACUCUUGUGAAGGAGAUAGUGGUGGACCAAUGACAAUGAUGCUUAAUGAAGUUGAAACAAUGGUUGGAGUAACUCAUGUUGGGCAAGUUAUAAACAAAGUACCGUGUUCAGUUCGAUUAUAGAAAAUUUAUUUAGUUUGAAUUCAUGGUUUUUUGUAUCCAUUCAGCAUAGGGUGGAUAGAAAGUUUUUGUGUAA